AUGUCUACCCCACCAGCGUACCAAGAUCACCACCCUGUGUUGGCACAGGAUGUGCUGGCAGACGACCCCUACUCAACCCCUUCUUCUCCCCAGUAUACUCUUGAUGCACCUCCUUGCGAGCGCGUUCUGCAGACAUCCUCAGCUGCUACUUCCUCCGGUUCUUCCACCCUAGGGAAUGCAUCAUCCUCAGAGUUCAUCUUCAAAGGCUAUGCCAUGGAAAUCAACCUAGGGCCCAAACUCUGGGGUCUCAUGUUACCUGCCUUCGGUCACAAUGGCCACGUCGAAGGCACAGUCAAGCUCUAUAAGAACUGCACGCACACAUUGCGUCUGGUAGUCUCGCUCAUUGGUCGAGCAACCAUCACUUGCAGCAGAGGUCGAGGGAUCAUCGCGGACGCCUUCGCUACCGUCGUUUCGCAGACUGUGACUAUACCUCUAUCCGGCGACGGUCCAUAUUACCCCACAGAACAACCAUACACAUUUUCCAUUCCCUUCCCAACUUACGUCAAAGGUGGGACUCUCCCUAUCCCUCCUUCAUUUGCGGCCUGGAGCCCAGGAAUCAGCUCAGAAGUGUCUUACACGCUGAAGGUCGAUGCGUACCGUAAGGGCUUGCGGCGCCAUGAAGAUCGAAUCAUCCCUGUGUUCUACCUCCCAAAAACAUGGCCCUCUGUACCUCCUUUCCAUGGAGAUAUCAUGACGGACUUCGCCAACCCCCACGGACGAGUUAAGACUCUCAGGAUCCCUCGACUUGUCAGCAGCCAGUCCUCAAAAAGCAAACUCCCUGACGGCUGGAAGGCACCGAUAGUGAAGAUGUCCAUGCCUGCACUCUCGACAUUCAGUUCCGGCUUUCCCAUUCCUGUCAAAGUCGACAUCUCCUGUCCAGAAUCACCCGCAUUGCCGAAGAUGCUCUGCCCGUUCUUAGAAGUUCAGCUUCUGAGGCGGUUACUGUCGGUGGUGGACGGCAAGAUGGUACUCGGGAGUCAAGACCUUGUCAUUUGUAGCGGUAGUCUCAUUGAGACUAUGACUCCCCAGGAAGGCACGACCGUGAGUCAUUUUGAGGUCCUGGUUGGACAGCCGGGCCAUGAACAAACAUGGCAGGUGAAGGAUGUCGUCGAAGUAUCUUAUAUUCUCUCAGUAUCGAUAAAGCCGACCGAGAACAUGAAAUACCUUCCACGAUAUCGUCACGAAGAGGUCAUUCACGUCGUGAGUGAGCCGUGGGGUACUCGGGAGCGGGAGAUGCUUCAUUUGGGGGGUAUAUCUGCGCCUGCCGUGGCCUUGAACGGCGCGCGCAGGCCUCUUCGACUCACACACAGUAUGAAUUGGUGAACUAGAGGUGCUGCUGUCGUACCAAGACCGGGAGUACAGAGAUAUUACACUAGAAUACAGAUAUGCUUCUCUGGGUUGAGCGCGCACAAUACCCUAGUACGAUUGAUCAGGAUCAUUUU